CACAGAUUUUACAAGUGACCUGGCAGUUUGGCUUGUAACCUUACUCUGGUAGCUAUAAAUGUUUUGUGCUUAGCGGCUUUUUGUGCUUUUAAAGCAGCUCUAUGAAAAUGGAUUCUGGUCUUUGGCAAGUGGCAAUGUUGUCUGAAUACUUAAGACACUGUUCAGAUUACUCCAGGAUCAGUUCAAGAUGUCAGGAGGGGAGAAGAUUGAGAUGAUAAUUGACUGUGACCCUGGGGUCGACGAUGCGGUGGCCAUCAUGAUGGCGCUGACUCAACCCAGUGUGAAUCUACUUGGACUCACCUGCGUUGGUGGAAACACACCCAUUGAUAACGUACUCAGGAAUGCACUCAGGGUGUUGAGAGUUUGCAAUAAGCCAAGCAUUCCCGUUUACAGAGGAUCAGCGAUCUCUUUAGUGUGCCUAAACCAUCUAAUUUUCGAAAAUGUUCAUGGCUCUGAUGGUCUCGGGGACGUUCCAGAUCCAGACCCACCCAGCCUUGAUCUCGUCCAAUCAGAGCAUGCCGUCCAUGCCAUGAUUCGCAUGACAAAGGAGAAGCCUGGUCAGGUGACCAUGGUGGCCAUUGGACCGCUGACCAACCUGGCCCUCGCGAUUCGACUGGACCCGGGGUUCACCGGUAGACUGAAGAAGCUGGUAAUCAUGGGAGGCAACACAGAAGGAUCUGGUAGUAUGACUGACGCAGCAGAGUUUAACUUCUGCAUGGAUCCAGAGGCAGCCCACAUAGUGCUGAGCGAUGUGCGAUGUCCAACAACAGUCAUAGGUUGGGAAACGUGCAUCAACAACAGACUGCCCACGGAAUGGUUUAAGAACAACAUGCCCCAGUCUCGGACUCCAAGAGGAGCUUUCAUGAACGCCAUCCUCUCCGAUCACCAUCUGAAACUAAACCUCGGCACAGUGCCCGACACCUUGGCGAUGGCCGUUGCCAUCCGCCCAGAGAUAGUUCUCAAGUCGCUGACCUGCCCUGUCAUAAUAGAGCUCGGCGGUCAGGUCACCAGAGGCCAGAUGGUCAAACGGGUGAUGAACACAGAGCGCCUGCCACGAGGGCCAGAGGUCGAGGUGGUGAUUUGCUGUGAUAAUAAUAUAUUCAAACAGCUUUUUGGUGACAUACUGGAGAGGUCUUAG